CAGUAAGACUCGGAGGGCUGCGCCUGAGACGACCCACCGCCUGACGUCAACCACCCGAGAUGAAGCUUUUGCUGGCACUAGCGCUGGCUCUGUCCGCCGUCCUCGGCGACGACAGCAAAGUCAGCUCCGACCAGCCGGCCAGCGACGUCCAGUCACGCUUUGCUGGCCGGCACCUGGGCGGCGUGUACCCUGGUACCGGGUACCCUGGUACCGGGUACCCUGGUACCGGGUACCCUGGCACCGGAUACCCUGGUACCGGGUACCCUGGUACCGGAUACCCGGGCACCGGAUACCCGGGCACUGGGUACCCCGGUACCGGAUACCCUGGUGGCAACCCCUACAUACGGCCGUCGUACUGCAAGAACUGGUGCCGACGGGACAACUACUACCCAGGGCUGGGCCGGCAGCAGUACUACUGCUGCGACAGGCGCGGACCGGACGUGUACAGGCCCCAGCCGCUGGUGGUCGGCCCCCCGCGGCCCUACGUCUACCCCGGAGGACAGCAGAUCCCGUUCUCGUUUUAGAGGUGUUGC